AUACCCUCCACCACUUCCUUAUGUACAGCACCAGUGCAUGUUGGCUUACACAAUGACCCUGUGGGAGAGAGGAGCAGGGGUCAGGUCAACAUGCCCUGCACUGCCGAGCCCUCCCAAAUAAUAUUUUCUUCUGCUUAUGCCCCUACAUAGCAGUUCCCAGGGCUCAUGGCUUUAGGCUCCUGAAGUCCCAGAAGUUCUUGCCUGGGUCUUCUCCAUUUUCAGUGGCAGGCCUGCUGGGGUGAUGCAGUGGCAGGGGUGCCACGCCGGAAAGGGAUCCAGGGAAUCCCUAGCCAGGCCUCUCUGCAAGCUGGGAAACAGGUUAUCCUGUUCGUAGAGGGAUUUCUUGCACUUUUCCUCCAGAUUAAAAUAUGUCUACUUCUAGUAUUGCAGCAAGAGUGCAAACCUGGCUUUCAUCUACAUGGCAUGUUAAAGUUCCUCGGACAUGGUUAGAAGCUUGUAUUAACUGGAUCCAGCAAGAAAAUGGCAGUGAUAAUUUAACACAAGCUCAAAUAAACAAACAAGUGUUUGAGCAGUGGCUCCUUACGGAUCUUAGAGAUUUGGAAUAUCCUGUUUUGCCUGACGGUAUCUUAGAUGCUCCUAAAGGAGAACUCUCUGGCUUUUAUUCCAUACAGAUUGAUUCAUUGGUUGAUGUCAGCCAGCCUGCAUAUUCCCAAUUGCAAAAGAUAAGAGGGAAAAGCACCCUAAAUGAAGAAGUAACAGCCAACAAUCAGGCAUCUCAAAAGACCUGGGAAGCAAAGCCUACUCGAAUGCUAAUGCUGCAGCUAACUGAUGGAAUACAUCAGAUUCAGGGUAUGGAAUACCAACCAGUUCCUGUUCUCCAUAGUGGUCUUCCUCCAGGUACAAAAAUUAUGGUGCAAGGUAACAUUGUGUAUCGUCUUGGAGUUCUCUUGCUUAAACCAGAAAAUGUGAAAUUGCUAGGGGGUGAAGUGGAUGUUCUUCUACAGGAGUACAGUCAGGAAAGAGUCCUUGCAAGAUUGAUUGGAGAAGCUGAGAACCCUAAUCCUGUUGAACAAAGUGAUCAUGAACGAGUUACUGCAGGACCUGUAGAUGAGCUGGGCCAAGAUAUAGGGCCUUCAGAUGAAGAGCUUUUAGCAAGUCUUGAUGAAAAUGCAUUUUCUGUAAAUGUUGAGACAGCCUUAGAAAGUGGAUAUUGUAGUAGAAGUGACAGUUCAAAUACAACCACACCUUCACUUACUUCAAGCAGUGGAAACUGUUCGCAACAAAGAUUUGGGAACCCUUUGCCUGGGGCAAAUAAAGAGCCAAGUGUUCCAGCUGUGGAGUAUGUUGAUGGAGAUUUAGAUGGCAUUGCAUUAGAGGAGGCUUUAUUUUUAGAAGAAGAGAUCCAACAAGAGCUAGAAGAAAUUCAGAGAGUGCAGCCUCUGGUCGAAGACAGAAAUGUAUCUAUAAUUACAGAACAACUUUCAAAUAUGCCUAGAACCUCAUGCAUUUCAUCUUUAAAUUGCAUGCCUGAAAAAGAUGGUAAAAAUGAAAGGGUUUAUAAACUUGCACAAUGUACUAGGGAACAUCAGUUUUUGGAGAGAGAAUUAUCUGUUGGAAGCAAAAGUAAUACAAAUAAUUUCUCACCACAGCAUAGUGUCUGGCAGACCCAUAACUUUACAGCUGAUUUGUCAUUGGAAAAUCCUUUUGAACAGGAGGCUGGUAGCAAAGUGGACCUAGUCAAGAGUGUUCAGAAACCUCAUAGCUUUUCUGACAACAUACCUUUGAACAAUGGACAAGUUAACUUUUCAAAAAAUGAACCACAACUUGCGAAGCAGGAGCACAAUGUAGAAGCCUUUUCUUCCAAAGCAACAGAAAACUGUAGAGGUCUUGAUUUACAUUCUCCACCUUUUACAUAUAUUUCUGUGCUCCUUGCAAAUAAGCCAGAAACAGUUACAACUGUGAAACUUAAAGCCUUCAUUGUAACCCUUACUGGAAAUCUUACAAGCAACAAUGGUUUCUGGAGUGUCCUGGCAAAAAUUUCUGAUGGUACUUCUUACCUAGAGGUAAAUUUUGCUGAUGAAAUUUUAACCAGUUUGAUUGGGUUUUCAGUGCCUGAAAUGAAGAUGUUAAAGAAAGAUCCUGCUUUACAUCCAAAACUUAAGGAUGGUUUACAGAGAUGCCAAAGAGAACUAAUAGAUCUUUGCUGUUUGAUGACUGUUGAGUUUAACCCCCAUGAGUCAAAAGCAACGGUAUUAUUUCUCCAUGAAGUUGAUGCAGUAGAUCUAGAAAACUUGAAGAAACGUUUAAACAAGUGAUUUAGGGGAUAACUCAUAUUUUCUAGGACUAAAUUCUACAGGUCAAGGAAUAUCAAAGUGUUAGCUUAAUUAAAAGCACAAGUGAAGUGACUUCUCCCUUCCCUCCCUUUACUUCAGAAAGGGGCAGGUGGAAAAAUCUGGUGAGGAGGGGGAAGUGAACAGAAAUCCAUGCCUUAGGAUAAAGGUAUUGAAACUUAAAAGUUCAAAACAAAUUUGUUUGAAAGCUUGUUUCAGAAAUUAAAAACAAAUUUGCUUUGAUCAACAUGUUCUUGUAUAUACAUUAUUUUUAUUUUAUAGCUCCCAUUUUAUGAUCAAGGAUCUAGAGGAACAUGUCUUAUUAGAUUGGAAGCUGGUAACCCAAAUACAGAGAAGCUGAUCCUUGCAUUGUUUUUUUCAGUGGAGUUACAUUAGAAGUGAGGUAGUUUCUGUGAGGUGUUGAUAUAGGGUAUUACUAGCCAGUUGAGGAAAGCAGGUGAGUACUUAAUAUUUUUUUUGCUUUAGUCACAUAGCACUGGACCCUUCGGUAGAUUUCUAAUACCAUUGUAACAUCAUCAGUUCAAAACCUGUAGGCUUUGAAAUGUAAACACAUAUUUAAUGUCUGAGAACUUGAAAAUGAAAAGCAAGCAUCAAUAAUAAAAUGAAGUAAACUUUCUUCUUCUUAUUGUCCAGGACAAGAAAAACAAGCAGUAACCAAAUGAGAUAACAUUUACACUUACAAAAAUCUCAAAGCAUUUUAAAACAUUUUAAACAAAGGAUGUCUGUAAAAUGGGAAAAGCAAUUGGUUUAAUGACUUUUAGCUUGAUUAAUAUUUCUGCUCAAUAUAAAUGAAUCAAAAUCCAAUAGUAUUAAUAUAUAAUUUCCUCUCUUCAGCAUUUGCUCAUUCUUUUUACUCAUGUUUUUAUAUUCCUGACAUGUUUAAUAUAAAUGUGUUAUACUGUAGCUAGUAUAUAUUUUUGUAUUGCCAAUAGAUUAAAAAAUAAAAGGCCAGUUUCAAAAUUGUUAUAUUUUUGAAUUAAUGAAUCCAGAUAUUUCUGUUUUUCUUAACUGCUAGUAGAUUAUACAUCCCAAGGUUAAACAACAGAUGUUUAAGUACUACUUGAAAGUUUUUUGGUGGGAGUUGUUAAGUUACCUUCAAAGGAAAAAGUGGACUUACAAACUUUAUUGGAUGCCUUAUGUACAAAGGGUCUAGAAAGGUUUCUUUUUUUUCCUUUCGUGCAAGCUGCAACUUUUUUUAUAGUAGCAGUUAGUUCUCUCUUGGCUAGUGGAUUUUUGCAAUGUAGACCCCACUUUUAUAAUGGUGUAAAUUAAGUGAUUGAAGAGGAAGGGAUUUUCAGUUGAACUAUCCAAACUAAUUUUUGUUAGUUUUGAGAGUCCUUAAACCGUCUAGUGGUUAACAUUUUUGAAGAAAGGAAGUGUUAUAAGACUUAACAGCAUGCAACCUCUGAAUUUCCCAAUUAAACUACAUAAGCCAAAGCUGAUGUUUAUAAAAUAACGAGGACAAAAGUUUUUUUUGUGGGCACAGGAAUACCUUUUGAGACUUUUUAUACACCUUUAAAGAGAACACGGAAUAAAC